AUGUUGAAACCACGUUACCCUUUAUCGGAGUGCGAGAUCCCCCAAACCGCCUCGGGCUCUACACCUUCUUCCGCUUCUUCCCCGUAUACCUCUACCCGCUCGGGGUUACCUUCACACGAACUCACUCCGAAUUCCAACUCCAACCCCAUUCCAAACUCUACCUCCAACGGAAACACACACGGGCAUGGGCAUGGAGCAACAACAACGACGACGACCACAACGAACCCGGUUGGGAGGAAGAGGAAACGUUUCGAACUAGAUUUCGUACACCUAGAUCCGGUGUUGAGCGUGCAUAUGAGGAUGCAGAGUAUGAGCAUGUUAGGCAGGGGGGUUAUAGAGUUUAUACAUCCGGAGGAGAGGGAACAGGCUCGGAGAGAUUUGUAUUCGUCAACCCGAGUGAAUAACCUGGAAGGAAGCGUUACAAGGGUUCGUUUCGCAAGAUUGUCAAGAAUCAGGACGAUCCUCGGCUGUCCACCAGAAGACGAAGAUAUCCCUUCGGACGCUUACAAGUUUGUCGAGGACGACGAGUACCUGAUCUUGGACCUAAGUUUACAUUGGGCAUGUGAUGGACUUAUCCUGGCCUUCUUCCACGCCAUCAAGGACAAGGACAAGGAGAUGGACAACGAUCCCAAAUUGCGGCAUCAAGAGUGGUCGAACUACUGCGGGACGCCCGGCUUCACAGACGAGGACGUCGAAUACAUGUGGAACGACGUUAGCAAGGCUUUGCCUGUCAAGCCGAUCGUCGCUCCGGCCCCACCGCCCGAGCGCGUCUUCCUAAUUCACGCAACCGAAGAGUCAAACGUGAGGCCAGACACGGUCAUCUUUGCCUGGCCUCCGCCGCGGAUACGAAAGAAAUUCGAGUUGGUGCCUCGGAUGGACGGCCGCUACUGGGCUCAAGACUAUGCCGAACUUAUGAAGCACGUCGAGCUCGAGAACAAGACGGGUCAACCGGACGCUUGGGGAACCUUUGGCAAGACGAGCUGCACGCAGCGGUUCCAAGGUGGUCAUCUGCUCACCAACGAAGGUGUCUGGCGUAAGAUCGAGAGCGUUUUCAUACCUUAUGGCAAGAUCACGUUUGCGUGUUUUCAGACGGUCUCGAUCUCGCCUCUAGGUGAGGCACCUACGUUACCAACGCAUGAUCAAUAUCCGAUUGAUCCGCGCGGUAUCAAACGUAAACCAUACGAAAUGGAAGAUGGAAAUAUGAUCAACGGUGUCGAUUUCGAUGAGCAGUAUAUGCCGUAUCCGCAGCCCAUCAUGCCCAUGAGUACGAUCGGCAAGCCGCCUUACCCUGGAGACCAGACUGCUUCUUCGAUCGGGAUCGAAUAUCCCCAGCCAGUUCUGAUGCGUGGCAACGCGACGCUGAGCGAGCAGCAAGAGAAUGAUAACAGGAAAAAGGCGGCCGCAGUGGCGGCGGUAGAAAAGGAACCGCUUAGGCCCGCCGUUCCACCUCCCGAUGGUAUCGAGUGCUGUAUACAGUGCGCAACGAAGGAAAGCCCGGAGUGGCGCAAAUCGGAAAACGGGAUCAAGAAUCUAUGCAAUGCAUGCGGUUUGAAGCUCGCAAGACUACAAGCGAAACGUGAAGGUCGACAGAAACCGCGCAAGAAGAAACCCCCUGCAGCUGUCACAUCGUCUCCCAUGGGCCCGGAAUUUUCACAAUCGUCAGGCUCUAGAUCUCAGAACGGAAGAUCAAGCGCGUCUGGCCCGCCUAUCAACGGCCACUCUUGGUCAGGGCAGGCAUAA